AUGAAUGCAUUAAAAUGUUUUCGCCUAGGAUGGUCUAAUACUAGUAACUUGAAACAAGCACGAUCGGGACACACAGCAUCCGUAUUGGGAAAUGGAAAAGUAUUGGUUAGUGGUGGAUAUAAGAGUGGUGCCCUAACUAGUGCCGAAUUGUAUGAUCCAUCAAAAGACACUUGGACAACUACUGGUAACAUGUCUUAUGCACGGUAUCAUCACACAGCAACUGUAUUAACGAACGGAAAAGUGUUAGUUUCUGGUGGAACUAAUGAUAGUGCCCUAAAUACUGCUGAGUUGUAUGAUCCAUCGACAGAAACUUGGACAACUACUGGUAACAUGAAUUAUGUACGGUAUUAUCACACAUCAUCCUUAUUAACAAAUGGAAAAGUGUUAGUCACGGGUGGAGAUACUAAUGCUAGGGCCCUAAAUAGUACUGAGUUGUAUGAUCCAUCAACAGGAACUUGGACAACUACUACUAACAUGAAUUAUCCACGGCGUUAUCACACAGCAUCCAUAUUAACAGAUGGAAAAGUGUUAGUUGCAGGCGGAGAUAGCGAUGGUGCUCGAAAUAUAGCUGAAUUCUAUGAUUUAUCAUCAGGAACUUGGACAAUUACUGAUACUAUGGUUAAUGGCCGAUAUUUUCACGUAGCAUCCGUACUAACAAAUGGAAAAGUAUUAGUUAGUGGUGGAUUUAGUGGUGGUGCUCUUAAUAAGGCUGAGUUAUAUGAUCCAUUAACAAGAACUUGGACUUCUACUAAUAGAAUGAAUUAUGCACGAUAUCAUCU